AUGUUGAGAAGAGGUGCUAUAAACAUUUUAAAUGCCAGAAGAAUUGCCAUUCAGCUAAGGAGCUUUGGCACUUCUCGUUCUUGCUUGGCUAUAGCUACAUCAAGGAAAUCUUUCAAUAAAACCUCACAAUACGAUAAAUCAAGACAGAGGAAGGGGUCUGGCAGUGACAAAAACUUUGCAGGAUUGAUAAGAUCGUCAAAUUUCAAGGCAACAGCUAAGGAUGAUGCUGUUAUGGAAUUGCUGCCCACAUUCAACAUUGUGAACCUUCGUUUAGGUGACGUUGUCAAGUACAACUCUGAAGUAUUGCGCAAGAUGUACAUAUCUGGAAGUUUUAAGCCAUGGCAAUAUGAUGAAAUAUAUAGUCAACCAGUCACUCUCAUCAGGAAAAAGGAAACCUCUGAGUUGCUUAACUUUCAUGCCAAAUGCUUUAAAGGAACACACUCAAAAACGAACAGGUUACUGAUUACAGGACCAAGCGGUAUUGGAAAAUCAACAAUGCUUGCCCAGUUCCAUGCAAUGGUAUUUGAUGACAAGAAAGGUGCAGUGCUCGUUUCUAUACCAAAUGCAGAGGUUAUAGUGGACGGUAGUUCCGACUUCAAAUACAAUGCAAAGACUGGUCUUUAUGACCAACAGAUGCUUUCCAAGAACCUUUUGCACAAAUUUGUGAAUGCCAACAGUGACGUGAUUGGUGAAAUUAAGUUGGCGGAGGACUUUGUGCCUAUAUACGGUAACAAAAAGCAACAGGAAGAGCUUAAAUUGACCAAAGGGAAGAAUACCUUGCUUGAUUUGGCAAACUUGGCAUUCAAGAAGCAAACUAAUGCCACGUAUAUAUUCUUAUGCGUUCUGGCUGAACUUUCUAAGCAAGAAGAGCAUCCUGUUUUUCUUUCCAUCGACAAUUUUUCUGCGUUUGUCCAACAUUCUCUUACCAAGUACAGAAACACAGAAAACAAGCCUAUUUAUUUCCAGAAAUUGCAGCUUGCCAAGACGAUAGUUGAUUAUAUUUCAGGAGAAGCCUCUUUUGCUAAUGGUGGUGUUAUUGCAGCCACUCAUGGCUCUGACAAGCAUUCUAUAAACGAAACAUUAAAAGUUGGCUUAGGUUUGAAGCAGCCAGACUUAUACAAGAAAUUGAAAGAUUUCGAUCGCAGCUUGGCGGAGAAGAUGCUAGAAAAUGAAGGUGUCAAGGAGUUGAGAGUCGGAAAGUUUGAUAUUGAUGAAUGCCAAUCGUUACUCUCGCAUAUGAUGAAAUGUGAUGUUAUUCACAACGAAUACCAAAAGGAGGAAGAAAUUGAGAGACUUGGCGAGGAACAAUACUUACAGAAGCUGGCUGAGAGGAAAUACAUUGUUUCCGGAAACGGAAACCCGUUAUUGCUGAUAAAAUCGUGCAUUCUCUAUUACACUUAG